GAGCCCAGGAUCACCUCCCCUUCCUUCCCUUCCCCCUCCCCACUCAGCUGUCCAGGGGAGUCCGGGCCAGACGGAGCGCUCACCACUCCGGCCAGAGUCAUGAGAACCCAGGCUCUGCUGUCCAUCCUGCUCCUCUGCGUCCUGCUGCUGCAGGCCCGGGGAGGGCAACGCAGCCAGAGGAUGAACCAAAAGCAGCCACCCCUAGAAAUCAAGCAGUGUGAGAAAAGACCCAAAAUAUAUCUGUGCACAAUCCCCUGCACAGAUCACCGAGAAUGUCAAGCAAAUAACAUAUGCUGCUCAACCUUCUGCGGGAAUGUUUGUAUGAACAUCCUAUGAGUCAGAGAGCAGGGGGCCAGGCAUCCUGCCCCCACCAACCGUCUCCGCAGACACUGCCUUCGGCUGAAGACAAGGACCUGACCCUGGACACAGGAUGUAACAGGAAUGCCACCCUGUCCAGCCAGUAUCUGAAAAACCUGUCCCUGUCAAAUAAACCAGAACAAAUGUGGAA